GGAACAUUCAAGUAGCAGUCCAUCGUACCGGAAAGAUCGUGUGCACACAUCAGACCACUUUCACUUCUUCCCACAGAUUACAUUGCCUAACAAAAUGCCUGACUUGUCCUGGAAGGAGACGCGACCGGGGCGCUGGGAGCGCCCGCAGUCGUGCCUGGAGAAGAUCAAUCUUAUCAACCGCAAUGUCGCCAAAGCUCCGGAUCGCGAUAAUUGGGCGAAGACGGCUGUCGUGAAGCUCGAGUUCUCCACUUCACUUGGUGAUCCCGAAGCAGCCCUUAGGAGUGCUUGGAAGCAAGUACGCUACAAUUACCCUGAGAUGGCCGCCUUCCCCUACGAUGAUCAAGUCGCAUUAUGGGUCGCCGCAACAUUCUCUGUCUGCCCAAACACUACUGUCGACGAACUCUUCGGCCAUAUCCCCAGGAACGAGCAGAUGAUGUGCUACUACCUACCUGACACAUCAGAAGUGCUGGUGCGAUCUCCACACUACCGUCUGGACGCUCGAGGAGCCGUCUUUUGCCUCAAUUACCUCAUCGAGUCACUGGCCAACCUCGAUCCUGUCUUGAUCUUCGGCGGAUGCGCAAAAAACCUCUCGCCCAGUAUCGACUCCGCACUGAACAUCCCAUAUGAAUACACACCAACCAUCGAGCGAGCCGCAAUGCGACGCUUAGCCGCUCUGAAGCCUCGAAAUCCACCGUUAGAGCUCUCUCCCACCAUAAUGUCACAUUCACCAGGAGCCACUCGGCGCCGCUUCAUCAAGCUCUCCGUCAGCGAAAGCCAAGCGGUAAUGACGGGCUGUGCGUCGGGCGACAUGGACCUGACGGCGGCUCUACACGCGGCACUUGUCGCCACCGUAGCCAAGCUAGCCCCACCCUCCGAACUGUGCAGUUUCAUGGCAUCCUUCCACUGCGAUCUCCGCUUCCUCAUCUCGGAGCCAGUAACAACCAAGUGGGCGCCUACAAGCUGCACCAGCGUCGUAACCUCUGAAGUUGAUGUCUCUCCUUCCACAACCUUCAAAGACAUCUACACACAACUCGCCUCCGUCUACGCCAGCGGCUAUGGCCCUUACUGGGCCUCAACGGCCUGUUUCCACGAGCAGCUUGCUAAAGUCCUAGCCAGUAAAGACCCAGAUUACAGUGACGACCGCGCAGCCCCACGCUUCGGACCCCUAGGCGACAUCGACGAACAAUUGAAGAAAGACGUCACCAACGGACUCAUACGUGUCAAAGACUUCUGGCUUGGAGGUGAGACGCUGACGAAGCGGAAGAUAGUGCACAGUUGGAUUUGGGAGCGGCAGAUUCACUUCAGUUGUUGCUAUAAUGAGAGCUUUUGGGAAGAUGAGUUUGUGGAGGGGUUUCUGGAACAAAUUAGGGAUGUGCUGUUAGAGGAGGUGGCGUUGAGGGAAGAGAGAGCGCCAACCAUGAAUAUAGCGUCGAGUGCGAGGGGCAGGCCAGCUAGCUUUCCGCUACUUUUUCCUAGCAUUACAAACACUGUGUAUAAGAAGUAA